AAGAAAGACACACUCAUAUAAAUGCACAACAAACAAUCUUGUUAAAGGAGAAUCGUCAAAAGUGUUUAGAGUGUGCGCUUUAAAACGAGUUUUUCUUAUUUUGCACUUCUUUAUCAGUUAUUCUAUUUCACUGCAUUUCAGAAAAAAGUGGGAUAGAUCAGCAGAAAUGAUAAAAUCCAACGGUAUCGAAGUGCAAUCAAAUGUGUUGGAAGAGUCAAUUUUUAAGAAUAUGAGUUCGAACAAUCAUAGCACACCGAUUAAAGUUGUCAGCGACAAAACAUCCGAAAAUCAACCGAAUCUAUCGAAUCAAGUUUCUGUUUCUCACAGUUUGCGGCUUCAACAAAUGGUCAAUACAAAUUAUAAUGAUUCAAGUAAAGUAGAAAACAACAAUUACGUUGUUAUUGAACAAUAUUCUGAACUUGAGCCCAUACAAAUUGACGAUGAAGCAACCGAGUGCGGCGACAUAAUCGAAAUAAGUGAUGAUUCGAUCGAAGACUAUUCCCAGCCAUUGCAGACUGAAAAAGGAACAAAAAUGAAUGACGAUAAGAGUCUCAGUGGUUUCAAGGUUGAAGGCACAGCUCAUUCAAGUAAUCAGGCCGAAUCGAAGGAACUAAAGAUGAAUCGCCAGAUUGAUGCGUCUGGAAUAGACUAUAUGUCGUGGCAAUGGCAACCGCAUUUAAAAUUAACACGAAUGAAACCAAAUGAUCUGGCACAUAAAAGUCGAAGUAAAACAUCAAAAAAAGUUAAAAAAACAAACAUUCAGGCUACACCAUCAUUACCACAGCCAAUUGAAUUUCAUUCGGAUGAAUCCAUUAUUCGAGAACUAUCGCCAAGAACUGCAAACGAACGGUUUCAAAAGCGUAUAGAAGAAAUCAAAAUGUCAAUGCAGCCCAUACAUAUGGCACCCCGUGAUGUGAACCGAAAACGUCCACGUUUUAGAAAACCGCCCAGCGCAGAACUAUUGGAAUAUGAGGAGGUACAGAGGCGGCUACGAGAAAAGAAACCAAAAAGACGAACAAAGCGUUCACGAGCCCGUAAGCUUUACAACCCCAAUGCUUUGUUUGAAGAAACAUCAGAAAAAGAAAAUUCUGAUUACGGCAGCAUUGAACCGAAAACGAAACGGCCACGCAGUUCAUUGCAACCAACCCGAAUUCUCCCCGAACGAGCAUCAAAAACAAAAUAGAUCCAUACCAAAUUGAGCCAUUGAGCAUUGCUGCACAUUGAAUUACACCAUAUGAAUUCAUCUACAUUAUAUUUUAUUUCAUUUUAUUUUGUUAAUUUGUGCGUUAAACGUAUUCUAAGUAUUUUUUUUUUGAAUUGCCGUAAACUGGAUCAAGUAUUCAAAAGCAAAUUAAAGCAUGAGAAAUAUAUAAUGUUAUAAAAAAAUU